AUGGAUCCGUUGUCACGGGACCUGGAGAAAGCCGAGAUUGAAGCCUCCCAUCCGUCUCAGUCUCUGAAUCACCAUCAUGAGAAUCGAUCUUCCGCUUCCGUUGCAUCCUCUGGCUUGUCUGCUUCUGACAGCUCGUCUAUUUCUUCUUCACGCUCCGGAUUCCAUGAUGACGAUGACUACAUAUCGCGCAUCCAGACCGCGCAGACCCAACGCAGUACGGCCUUAGAGCGUCAUCCUACCGCCAUCAGUCGCAUUGCUACCCAGCGGAGCCAGCACAGUGCUACUGUGGGGGCUCUCAAGUCACGACCCUCCAAGAAGCCCUUGCCGGAGUUUGGUGCCGGUAAGCCAUAUCCUCCGCCCCUACCUUCAAAAGAAGAAUAUGUGGUCGAAUUUUCGGGCCCGGACGAUCCUCUGCAUCCUCAAAACUGGUCCACCAAAAAGAAAAUCGCGACAGCCGUGAUGCUUGCAUGGACAACAUUCAACGCCACUUUCACCAGUAGUAUCUAUUCAACCGCGAAUUCCGUCGUGUCUUCCAAGUUUGGCGUUUCAACCGAAGUGGGAACGCUAGCAUUGUCCUUGUAUGUCCUCGGGUUUGCUUGCGGUCCAACUCUGUUCUCUCCGUUGUCGGAAUUGCAGGGCCGAAAACUGCCUAUUCUCAUUGGCAUGUUUGGUUUUACCGUCUUCCAAUUUGCAGUUGCUACUGCAGAGAACUUGCAGACCGUCAUCAUAUGUCGCUUCUUCGGUGGCUUCUUUGGUUCAUGUCCUAUCGCCGUCGUGGCAGCUGUGUUCUCAGACAUCUUUGACAAUCGAAAUCGAGGUCUUGCAAUCACUGUCUUUACCAUGACGGUGUUUACGGCACCUCUUUUUGCACCUUUUAUUGGCGGAUUCAUUGUGGAAAGCUACUUGGGUUGGCGUUGGACUGAGUACCUCACCGGCAUAAUGGGUGCAUCUGCUUUUGUUUUGGACCUGUUUUUCCUGGAAGAGACAUAUCCUCCAGUUGUCUUGGUCAAAAAGGCCUCAGAUUUGCGCCGGCGCACUAAGAAUUGGGGCAUUCAUGCCAAACAGGAAGAGAUCGAGGUCGAUUUGCUGGAACUUAUCCAAAAGAACUUCAGCCGACCGGUUCGGAUUUUAUUUACGGAGCCUAUUUUGCUACUUUUGAGUAUUUACAUGGCCUUCCUUUACGGUCUCCUUUACCUGUUCAUGACGGCAUAUCCAAUCGUGUUCCAGCAGAUUCAUGGAUUCAACAAGGGCGUUGGUGGUCUGACUUAUUUUGGUAUGAUCAUUGGCGAGUUCCUCGGUGGAUUCUUUAUCAUCCUACUCCAACCAUGGUAUAACAAGAAGCUUGAUUCCAACAAUGGAAUUCCCAUUCCUGAAUGGCGACUACCUCCCGCUAUUCUUGGCGGUGUCUCCUUUUCAGGUGGCCUUUUUUGGUUCGGCUGGUCUGGAUACAGGGCCGAUAUUCAUUGGGCCAUUCCUGCGGUGUCUGGUCUUCUCACCGGUUUUGGUCUGUUGUGUAUCUUCCUACAGUGCAUGAACUACAUCAUCGACGCAUAUCUCGUAUUUGCGGCCUCCGCUUUAGCUGCUAACAGUAUCCUGAGAUCCACUGCUGGCGCGGGAUUCCCUCUUUUUGCAACUUACAUGUUCAACGGAUUAGGAGUCAAUUGGACUGGAACCCUCCUCGGCUGCGUCGCGGCCGUUCUAAUGCCUAUUCCUCUCUUAUUCUACCUCUAUGGCCACAAGAUUCGGGCGAAGAGCACGUUCUCCACGGACUAUAUUGCGGCUGUUCAAGCUCACAAUGAUGAAGCAGCCGAUUGA